AUGGCCUUCGUAUCUUCUUCUUUAGCGCUGGCUUGGACAGUCUUGAGCAUAGCAACGCAAGGGACGCUAGCAUCACCUACUCCACUAGAUAUAUCGCCAUCUUUACAAGAAAUAUUGAACAAGGCCCAUCAAGGACCCCUUUAUACUUAUCCUACAUCCUUGACACAGGGCAUUAUCCCGAAAGCAAUCCAUUCCCACAACGACUACUGGAGAGAUGUCCCCUUUUAUACUGCUCUUUCGGUUGGUGCGGUUUCAACUGAGAGCGACGUGUGGCUUUAUAACGAUACUCUCUUCGUUGGCCACGAGCAAGGUGCUCUGACGACUGCUCAUUUAAAGACAGACGGCGCGAGUACCUGGCCCGCUGUUGUGAAGGCUCUGGAGCCACUACGUUCCGCCGGCUACCUCUCAAGCGUAAACUCCACGACUUUUACCUCUGGCGCGGUAACAGUAAUCGGCACAGGCAACACGCCGCUAAGCCUCGUCCAACCCAUCACCGACCGUGACUACUUCUGGGAUGCUCCAAUCCCAACACUCAACUCCACCUUCUCCAACAUCACCUCCCUCAUCUCCCCUAUCGCGUCGACUGAUUUUGCCGCAAAUUUCGGUCCCGUGCUCGGGACGUCUCUAGAUAGCACACAGUUGGAUUUACUUAGAACGCAAGUUAAAAUUGCACACGGCAAGGGCAUUAAGUUGAGGUAUUGGGAUCAGCCGGCAUGGCCUCUGAGCACGCGGGACGCGGUUUGGCGUCUCUUGAGAACAGAAGGGGUGGAUUUUAUUAAUGCUGAUGAUGUUGCGGCUGCGGCAGGUGAUGCUUCUUGGUAG